UAGCUACAUCUUGAUCAUUGCCACAUAACAACACAUCAAAGGAGAGAAAAAAAAUUGUUCUUCAAAUGGAAAAGUUUUCAGCGAAGGUUUUCAUUUGCAGUCUAUUUGCAGCACUUGUUUUGCUGUCUUCCCCAGCAAGGUCCCAAGAAGUUGAGGAUGAGACCGAGUUUAAUUACGAUGAAAAUAGUGAUAGAGGACCAUCUAAUUGGGGAAACAUAAAACCAGAAUGGAGAACAUGCAAUACUGGAAGAAUGCAAUCACCAAUUGAUUUGAAAGAUAAGAGGCUUCAACUAGCUAAACUAGGACCCCUUAACUUGAACUACAAUCCCUCCAAUUAUAAUACCCUUAAGAAUAAGGGUCAUUCCAUACAGUUGGACAUUCUUCAACGAACAAGCUCUCUACAAAUUAAUGGAACCUCUUAUACACUUGACAAUAUACAUUGGCACAUUCCAUCUGAACACACCAUUAAUGGAAAAAGAUUCGAUCUAGAGCUACAUUUGGUGCAUGGAAGUUCAGAUAAUCAAACAGCAGUAAUUGGAAUACUUUACGAAAUUGGAACAGAAUUAGACCCAGUAUUGUUAUCGCUAAGGGAACCUUUGGAGGCACUAAAUGGAUCAAGUGCUGGAGCGAGUGUAUCAGUGGGUGCAUUUGAUCCAAGGGUGGUUGACAUUACUGGCAAUGACACAAAAUUGUAUUACAGAUACAUGGGUUCCUUGACUACUCCUCCUUGUACCGAGGGUGUUAUUUGGACCGUCCUUAAACAGACUAGAAGCGUUAAAAGUGAACAAAUCCUUUUGCUUGAUCGUGCCGUUAAUGAUGGUCCAGGUGGGAAUGCGAGACCAAUACAACCAACAAACAAUCGCAAAGUGCAGUUCAAUAAAUAUCCGCCUUACUGAAAAAAUUAAACUCUGAUAGAGCCACUCGCAAUUCAUCAUAUAUGCAUAAGAUUACAUGAAAUAAUAUUGGAAAAUAUAUAUUUCCACUAACUAUAUACAAAAU